AGAGAGAGAGCUACAGAAAGAGGCACUAAUUGCUCCCAUGCAUCAGUACAGGCAGCGGCGGCUGUGGCGGCAGUGAGCGGGCAGAGUGGUAAUUAAAUCCCACCUUCAGAACGGAGGCUGAGCGAGCUGGCUCCGCCCCCUUCAGCAGAGCUCCACUCCACACUCUCUCUCUCUCUCUCUCUCCCCUUCUCUCUCUCUUUCUCUCUCUCUCUCCCUCUCUCGCUCUCCUCCUGCCCACGCCUCUCUCUCUCUCUCUCUCUCUCUCCACACACAAAGCAGGGAGCAGCGGGAGGCCCGGGGCACAGUGGCGGAGACGGCGGGCAUGGAAUGGAACCUCAGAAGGAUGGACAGCGAGCUGAGGGAGAUCAACCCGGACCUGCUGCAGCCCAGCAAGAGCUUCAAGAAGCCGUCGGCGGCCACCGUCACGCUUAACGUGGGGGGCUACCUGUACGCCGCCCAGCGGCAGACGCUGGCCCGCCACCCGGGCUCCCUCCUGGAGGAGGUGGUCGGCGGCAAGCGGGCGGUCCAGCACGUGGACGGCGCGGGCAACGCCUUCCUGGACCGCGACGGGCCCGUCUUCCGCCACGUGCUCAACUUCCUGCGCCUGGGCGAGCUGGUGCUCCCCGACGACUUCAGGGAGGCGGAGCUGCUGCGGCGCGAGGCCGAGUUCUACCGGCUGGGCGACCUGGCGCGCGCCGUGGAGGAGUGGGAGCAGCGGCGGGCCGCCCGCCUGGAGCCGGCGCUCCUGGAGCUGACCGACCACUCGGAGCGCUCGCAGGGCUUCCGCAUCUACUGCAGCGACGCCGGCUUCAUCGACAGGGUCAAGGGCCGCCUGGUGCAGGUCUCCAAGAGCCGCAUGGACGGCUUCCCCGAGGAGUUCGAGGUCUCGUCCAACGCCGUCCAGUUCCGCCACUUCAUCAAGUCGGAGAUGGGCGCGCGCCUGGUGCUGAAGGAGGACAACACCUUCGUGUGCACGCUGGACUGCCUCAAGCUGGAGACCGUCAUGAUGGCCCUUCGCGCCGGCUACCGCCUCGUCACCAGCCUGGACAGCUGCCGCGGCUCGGUCCUGCAGAGCGAAGCCCUGCACUUUGUCAAGUGACCCCCCCCCCACUUCAAGCGAACGCCCUUCCUUCGCCCGAUGCUCCCUCGUCAGGACGGCUCCUCGGAGACUCGGGGUGCGCCUUUCCGCUCGAUUCCGCCGCGUUUCCUUCUCUUACCCGAAAACUGGCGCCGCUCGUUUAAGGCAGGUAUAUGUGUAUCGGCAGUGUGCGCGUCUCGCCUGUGUUUAGAUUCGUUUACUUUCGGUCAGGUCCUCUGAUUCUUUCCGCAAGGGGAGAUGUGCCACAGGUUGAUGAGCAUUUCUCACAUUUUUCACACACUGAAUUUACAAUACUGUGCUGCUGUCCAUAUUUAUCCAAUGAUUCCCAGGAGAGACGUACAAUUACAAUACGGAAAAUCUGAUGUGCCCGUUCAUAGUGAGACCAACAUAAGCAGCACUCAACUAGACAUACCUGAUGUAAACGGUACUUCUUCUAGUUAAAGGGAUUUACCAAGUGAAGGUUUUAUGAAAUGCAUGUAUAAAUGUGAUAAUUAUUGCAUUUGAAGCUAUUUUGCUAUUUGUGUGUGUAAAGUGCCCCUCAAUUUGUGUGUUAUGGACUUGUGGCUUUUACAAAAAAAUAAAAUGUGAUUGAUACAGGUAGAUGCUGUAGUCUUUGCUUCAAUCUGGUACGGAGUCUGUAGGAGAGUGUCGCAAAACCUGGUUGCUUUGCAUUUCAGCCAAUCGGAGCGAAGCCCGGGUGCUAUUUUAACGGUGACAAACGCACCCUCGCUGCCUCACGUCAACUUUAAAAACAGCGUCGCCGUGCAUUUACGAGACUUCCGUGAGCUUCGACAGAGCCGACGGUUAUAAAUGCUGCACUACACUUCGUCUCCUACCCCUCCUACUCCUAACGAUUUUUGUUUAUUCAGGGACUCAAUAAAGCGUGUCUGACAAGG